GCACAUACUCUCAAAGCCAGAUACUUAACUCAUUUCCAUUGAGGAGCAAGGCCUUGGACGUCGAUCGACCUAUUUAUUUCACUAAGGGAGUGUGUAGACCAUGUUAGAGGUAACUCCUACUGGUGUCAGUGAAGUAUCUCGGUCUAUAAUCUCUAGUUGGAGCCUGUGAAGUAAUUUUUCCCAAAACGAAGAUGGCGGUGCAGGAAUCAGCUGCUCAACUCUCCAUGGCGCUGAAAGUCCAAGAAUAUCCAACAUUAAAGGUACCCUACGAGACACUGAACAAGCGCUUCCGGGCGGCACAGAAGAACAUUGACCGGGAGACCAGUCAUGUGACCAUGGUUGUGGCAGAGCUAGAGAAGACAUUGAGCAGCUUCCCAGUGGUAGACUCUGUGGUGUCUCUGCUGGAUGGAGUGGUGGAGAAGCUGAGUGCCCUUAAGAGGAAGGCUGCUGAGUCGAUCCAGGCUGAGGAUGAGAGCGCUAAGCUGUGCAAGCGGAGGAUUGAGCAUCUCAAAGAGCAUAGUAGCGACCAGCCCGCGGCCGCCAGCAUGUGGAAGAGGAAGCGCAUGGAUCGCAUGAUGGUGGAGCACCUGCUGCGCUGCGGCUACUACAACACUGCAGUCAAGCUGGCCCGGCAGAGCGGCAUUGAGGACCUCGUCAACAUUGAAAUGUUCCUUACUGCUAAAGAGGUGGAGGAGUCAUUGGAGCGGCAGGAAACUGCCACUUGCCUCGCCUGGUGCCAUGACAACAAGUCCCGCCUCCGAAAAAUGAAGAGUUGUCUGGAGUUCAGCCUUCGCAUCCAGGAGUUCAUCGAACUUAUCCGGCAGAACAAACGAAUGGAUGCUGUCAGACAUGCGCGGAAGCACUUCAGCCAAGCCGAGGGGGGGCAGCUGGAUGAGGUGCGGCAGGUUAUGGGCAUGCUGGCGUUCCCCUCGGACACUCACAUCUCCCCCUACAAGGAUCUUCUGGACCCAGCACGUUGGAAGAUGCUGAUCCAACAGUUUCGAUAUGACAACUACAGGCUCCAUCAGCUGGGGAAUAACUCUGUUUUCACCAUCACCCUCCAGGCCGGACUGUCUGCUAUCAAAACCCCGCAAUGCUACAAGGAGGAUGGCACCUCCAAAAAUGCUGACUGCCCUGUGUGCAGUAAGUCCCUGAACAAGUUGGCCCAGCCGCUGCCCAUGGCCCACUGCGCCAACUCCCGGCUGGUCUGCAAAAUCUCGGGCGAGGUGAUGAAUGAGAACAACCCUCCCAUGAUGCUGCCCAACGGCUACGUGUAUGGAUACAAUUCUCUCCUCUCUAUUCGCCAAGAUGACAAGGUGACCUGCCCAAGAACCAAAGAGGUGUUCAGCUUUUCCCAGGCCGAGAAGGUUUACAUCAUGUGAGGGGUGGGCCACGGUGGACCCAGGUGGCGUGUGGAGGAGAUUCUCUCAGUCCGGUCCAAGAGUCCGAUGCCAGGCUGCCCCAGUAAUGCUUGGGUCCAGAGAGAUGCGCACACAUGCCAUUGUUCCGUGUGACCAAAGAGCUAAAAACCACAAUACACCCCUAUUCCCCUCCCUCUAAAGUGGCCUCAGCAACUACCCAUGCCUUUUCCUGCCCUUUCGUCUGGAACUACCCCAACAUCCAACUGCCUCUCUCUGCUGCUACUCCCACCUCCAGCUGCCUGCCUCUGCAAAUAUCUACCCCCACCCGCCUGCAUAUGGAUCUACUCUUUGCCCUCCUCCCACUGAAAGUAUCCCACCCUCUUUCCUCUUUAAAUACCCCCCUUCCUCUGCAGUUGCCUCCAACCUCCAUUCACAGUGAUGAGAAUUAACCCGGAAGCUAUAGAGCCUGAGGAGUCUGGGGAUUUUGUCUGCUGCACAUGACUUUUUAUAGCAUACAGCAGUGACAUAAAGUAAUAUCGUUGUAGUGUUGUAUGUAACAGGGCCUAAUAUCAUAAGUCGAAAUGCUUUCCCCUUUUAAUAUUGAGCAGGUUAGUCCCUGACCUCAUUAGUGUUGACCAACAACUUUUUUGUUUGUUUUUUUUUUUUUUUGAUAUAUGCUGUGUAUAUAUGUAGAGAGA